AUGGCGGUGCUGGAUGACUGGCCUUUGGAAGACAUUGUCUACACAAGUAUCGUCGGUGUGGUUCUGGUGAUGGCUUGCCUCGAGUGGUUUCUCUGGCUGGCAGCUUUCGUUUACUGCCUUAUCAAGGUCUUCCGGAAGGCAGAACAUUGGUCUAUCAAUGUACUUUGCAUCGUUGUUGGCGUCGUAUUUGUUUUACUCCGCGCCAUCUUCCUUCCAAUCAUGGUAGUGACGCUGCCAUUACCGAGUCAGGUUACCAAGCUAUGGCCAGAAGAGAUGGUGGCGUUUCUCCAGUGGUUCGCCUUUUGGAGUUUCGCCAUACUGCUCACAGUCCCUUGGCUGUUCUGCAUCUAUCAGCUUGUGACCAAUCAACUCGGCCGGACGAAGCGCAUCAAGCAGGUUCUCGACGAUGUGACUGCGCCGAAAGUCGUUGUUGUGAUGCCUUGCUAUCGAGAAGAACCCGAAGUCCUCAUCAAAGCUAUCAAUUCGGUCGUCGAUUGUGACUAUCCAGCCGCAUGCAUCCACGUUUUCUUGUCCUUCGACGGCGAGCAAGAAGACGAGCUAUAUCUCAACACCAUCGACCACCUUGGUGUGUCACUCACAAUGGAGUCGUAUCCUAAGAGCAUCGACGUAAGCUACCGCUCGGCUCGCAUAACCGUUUCUCGAUUCCCUCAUGGAGGCAAGCGUCACUGUCAAAAGGUGACUUUCAAGCUCAUUGACAAAGUUUACGAGCAAUACCUCAAGCGAAACGACAAUCUAUUCAUCCUCUUUAUCGACUCGGAUUGCAUCUUGGACAAGGUUUGCCUUCAAAGCUUUGUCUACGACAUGGAACUCAGUCCCGGCAAUACUAGAGACAUGCUGGCCAUGACUGGCGUCAUCACCUCGACGACGAGAAAACACAGUGUUAUCACCCUGUUACAGGACAUGGAGUACAUACAUGGACAGCUGUUUGAGCGGACUGUCGAAUCCGGGUGUGGCUCUGUCACUUGCCUACCUGGUGCGCUGACGAUGUUACGGUUCUCGGCCUUCCGGCGGAUGGCCAAGUACUACUUUGUGGACAAGACGGAGCAGUGUGAGGAUCUGUUCGACUUCGCCAAGUGUCACUUGGGAGAGGAUCGCUGGCUGACACAUCUCUUCAUGAUCGGAGCCAAGAAGCGGUACCAGAUCCAGAUGUGCACGUCGGCAUUCUGCAAGACAGAAGCUGUUCAAACCUAUCGGUCCCUGAUUAAGCAGCGGCGCCGAUGGUUCCUUGGCUUCAUCACCAAUGAAUUCGCCCUAAUGACAACAGUCAAGAAAGUGGACGAUCUUCCCGUGGGAUUCAUUGCCAUCUCUCUAGGCCUCAACUGGAUGCUGAUGCUAUACUUUGGGGCGAAGCUCCGACGGUUCAAAAUCUGGCUGUACCCGCUCAUGUUUAUUCUGAACCCGUUCUACAACUGGUAUUACAUGGUGUACGGGAUCUUCACGGCAGGGCAGCGAACAUGGGGUGGACCGCGAGCGGAUGCUGCAGCAGCAGACACGCACACGACCGCACGGGAAGCUGUGGAACAGGCUGAAAAGCAAGGCGAUGAGCUGAACGUGGUCCCAGAGACAUUCAGAGCAGCACGCGAAGCUCGCAGAGCAGCAUCAAAGCGAGAGUCGGCCGCAACGAGCAGUCUCGGACGGUCCAGGAGCGUAGUGCGGCCACCGGACAAGAUUGAUGGCAAGUUCUCAGCUCGUCAGAAGACAGCAUCUGGGACAUAUCUGCAUCCAGAUGAGCUGGAUGCAAGUGCAGAGGAUGUCGAGUCAGGGACAUACACCAGAUCCCAGUUACGGGAGCGAGACUCUUUUGACAGUAUCAUAUCUAGCGGAAGCAUAGGCUUUGGGGUGUGCACGCCGCGACGAAUGAAGCUUCUCAUGGGUGAAGAAGAUCGUCGCAAGUACGAGAUUGCGCAACAGAUGCAAACGCAGGCUUCAGAAGUGGGCAACAUGCAGGCGGUUCAGUCUGGCCGGGAACUCUCGGAUUCACCUCUGAGACGAGCAAACUAUCUGGCCAGUACGAAUGCAAGGCAUCUACAUGACCAAGGGCAGUACGGUCGAGUUUCCCAAGGCGAGUUAAACGAGGGGUCCAAUAUUGGCUCAACGGAGGAUGUGGCUGGUCCAACCCAGGAGAGAGGGCAAUCCAGGCUUGGUGAGAAUAUGUCGUUUGCGAGCCGGAUGGCAAGAGGAUUGAAGCAAAGCAGAUAA